AUGUCGAAACUGAUGACAUAUCGAGCUGGCAAUGAUGCGCGGGACUUCUUCAAGAAUGUGGAUGUGCCUCUGGAAGCCGGGACAGGAUAUCUUAUUGAACCAACAGAAGUUCAAACGAUAAUCUACGAGGGAUUUGAGGGAGAUCGCAAGAUGGUCAACACGACAAUUCCAGUGCUGGACCCACACGAGCUUUUGGAUUUCCUACAGGCGGAGCUUCAACUUCAGUGUCCAAUGGAUAAAGUUCGUGCUUACUGGAAACAUCUACGUGACAAUGGGUACCCCUUUGCAAAGAACUUUCCUGCUAGAAACGAAGAUCUGGAUUGCAUGGUACCAUUCACCAUCUACGGGGACGAGCUGACAUUGGGCAAGGACUCCAGGGAUAAGGUGACAGGAAUAUUCCUACAACUCACCUUGUUCAGCGCGAGCGCCAUCGAGGAUGGAAUCGCUGAGCCGUAA